AACCUGGGAUGGUUAACAUUUCCAGUCCCACCAUGUAUUUUGCUUUGUUUCUAAAAAGCUUUUUAAAAACUGUUAUUUAAUACCAAAGGGAGGAAUCGUAUGGGUUCUUCUGCCCACCGUUGUGACUAAGAAUGCACAGGGACUUGGUUCUCAUUGCACCUUUUUUUAGUAACAUGUUUCAUGGGGACCCACUGUACAGCCCUUCAUUCUGCUGUGUCAGUUUGGCCUGGCCUGACACUGGCUGCCCCAGCGGGGACCACAGAAGCAGAGCGAGAGCCUUCGCUGAGUCAAUGCUACCUUCAGCCCCAGACGCAUCCCAUUUCCAUGUCUUCCAUGCUCACUGCUCAUGCACUUUUUACACGGUUUUUUCCAAACAGCCCGGUCUUGAUGCAGGAGAGUCUGGAAAAGGAAGAAAAUGGUUUCAGUUUCAAAAUUCAAAGGAAAAAGUUGAGGACUUAUUUUGUCCUGUCAAGAUUGCAAGAACAUGUAAAAUGUAUGGAGCUUGAUAGUACGUUAUAUUGUUCCGAAGCAGCUCAUUGAGAAACGUUUGUUUUCAAUAACAUUUUAGCUUAAAAAAAAAAAGAAAAUGAAAAUAAAGUUCUUUGGUCUAAGGCUGGAGAUAAGGUGUUAGGCUUCAUGUAAUUUUUUUAGUUGUUUCUGUGAAAGUGUUGAACAUGUGAACAAAAAUAGUGCCAAACCCCAUCGUCAAGGCCCUUUUAGCAGUUUUAUCUUUCUUCCUCUUACAGAUGAACCCCAGGAGCCCCCUUUCCUCUCUCCUGAGUGUGGGAGGAGUAUGUCUACAAAUACAGGUGAAAAUAGCCCAGACAAGGAGACUUUGAGAGGAGGAACCAUGGAGAAGGUUGUGGUUAGAACAGAUAGCCCAGGAACAGCUAAUUUUAUCAAUAGAAUUACUUUUUCUUUUCUCGAGAUUGAUUAAUUGAAAGAGAAGGAAUUCUCCACACAAUUUCACUAUUCUUUGGGUGCUUAGAAUGUGAGUUUAAUUUCAGCUAGCCUGUUGGUGGUUCAACAGUGGUGCUCAAUGAAAUUGGGUCACAUUUAAUGAAAUGAUCUAGUGUUGGGAAGAACUGAUAGCUCCCAGCAGCAUCUCAGAGACUGUCUACCUCGAUGGCCAGUUUAGAUAAAAACUGUUCAGUUUUAUCUAGAGUGUUUAAUAACAACAAUUUCUGUUUGUAAAUUUCAUCAUCACCUGAUAUCAGGACACAGUCUUUUAAGGAACUCCUUGUCUUUGAGCUUUCCCAUUGUCUUCCCUCAAUAAAAAUGAGACACAUAACUGAACUCACUACUAAAAGGCAAGGAUACUGUAUGGUUUAGUUUAACCUAUUGUUAUGUAUCUGGCUCUCAGAAAAUCUCGCUUCCCUUUUAAUUUUGCUUCUCUAUUCCUUAGCACCCCAGCUACCACAUUUUAAAUGGAAUUCAACAGGGUCUAAUUAAUAAGUGUUUAUAGUUAUUAUUUAUAUACGUAUAUAUACAUAUAUACACAUAAUAAUAAUCUCUAGAACCCUGGGCCAUAAAGAGAAAUAUGGCUAAUUCUGACCUCUGUUGCCCAAUCUCAAGCCAUUCACCUAGAAUUUUCCUCCAGUUCUUAUUGUCUCCUGGUCAUGAAAGUAGUAAGGAAUCUAUGCUGCUGUAUAACAGUAGCUGAUUGAAACUAUUCUCUCUGGUAGUUAGGAAUGUGUUCUGAUUUUACAAUUCCCCGCCCUAAGUGAUGGAUACGUUUGCAAACAAUGUGUGUCAUUGGGAAGGGUGAAUUAAAUGUAGCCAUAUUAACCUGAAACCUGCAAGAAAAGGACAGAUCAGCUUCACAGAUGAGUAAGCUGUUCCAUUUGUUAAGGUUGAAAGAUUUACUCAAACUUUUUGAAAACAGCAGUAGGGAAUCACCUGUAUGUUUCUAAUAUUUUUUUUUUUCAUUUGAAGAAUCAGCUCAGCCAUUUGCCAUAUUUCACAGUGGAACACCAUGUACCUACUUAGUUCUCAUGAGCUUCAGAACGUGGGAGAGUGAGAAGGCUUCCCUCCUCCCUUGAUAUCUGGCAUGGGAAGGUUUUCCUUAACAAAGAUCUCUCUGCCACCCUGAUGGCUUUGCUAGCUGAUCCCAAACUUCCACUGAAUGUGGCAGUAACCUCUACUCCAAAACACUCCAUUUAAAUCUAUUUUUAUCCUCUAUUAUUAAGAGAAAUUGUUGGCAUAUAUAUUCCACCAAAUUUGGUCAGAAAAUAUUUUCUGCUUAACAGAUAGAAAAUUGGAUACUCUAAUUUUCCAGGAAUGUGGACACAUUCACAAUUUUUACUUUGCUGUCCUAUUGCCAGCUUCUAGCAGACCAGCCUAGGCUGACUGUCCACAAAGACAGGCUUACACCUGGACAUUGACUUGAAACCCUGAAGCAGGUACUGAGAUCAUUUGGGUCCAAAAUGAUUUUAAUCUAAGUGUAUGCUGGGGAGGAGGUUUCUCUCUGAAACUUCCUAACAAUUGCUUUAGCCUUCUCUAUUUAAAGUGGACACACAGUCCCCUGGGAUACAGCAAAUGGGUGGUAGAAAUUGCAGUCAUAAAGAUUUGCCAGUUUUUCUUAUUAGUAACUUCCUAAUUAGUAGUGCUAUAAAGAGAGUAAACGCUCUGAAUCACUGGGGAAAGGAUAUUUAAGAUAAGAAAGGUAGUCUGUCAGAGCUGAAUCAGGGUUUGGCUCUUGAAGCAAUCCUUCUUUACUCUUUUCCUUCAAUGGGGACAGAAUAAUAAUAAUUUUUUCAGAAUAAGACUUUUCAUCCUAGCGUAUGCUCCUUUAUUUAGCAAAAAGUCUAAGACGUAAGGUAAUGCCAGGGAAAAGUCAGGGUGCAAUAGGAUGAGAGAUGGAGCUGCAGACCUUUGCAUUUCCAGAAAAAUCUCAAUAUCCCAAGGCAAAGUUAUAUUUUUCCCAGGAUAUGUGCAUACAUUUUUCAUAGAUAAGCUUUUCAUUUUUGUUUUGUUUUUAUCUUUAAAAAUGACUUUUUUUGGAGGAGAUAUACUUCUAAAAAGUUAUUGUGUGGCUAAUUAAAGCUAUAAAACUUAAUCUUAUAUAAUUUAUAUAAUUUGAUUCAGUUGGUACAUUUUUUAUUGUGUUCAUUUAAAUGUAGCCUUCUUGGGAAACUGUGUAUAACAGGAAAAGAUCAUGACAUCAUUGUAUCCUCAUAGGGCUCAUAAUUGAAUUUUACCUUGUAAAAAUUUCAUUCUGGCCCAGGUAUGCAAAGAUUUAUACGAACAUUUAGCAAUUCAUCAAUUUUUAAAUCAAAUGUUCAUUUUUUCAUUCAUUUAUUCAACAAGUAUUUAUUGAAAUUUUAUUUUAUAUAAAGACCUCAUUUUAUAUGUUCACCAUAAGCAGCAUUAUUUAAGUGACUAUUCAUGAUAAAAUAAUAUUCUCCUCCUAAGUGGCUGCUAGUAAAAUGGGUAUUUUAGUCCUUUAGACCAUUGUCUCAGUGAAGUUAAAGAUUUUGUUCCAACUGGGAAAAUCUGAGAGAGGUAAAUUCAUCUGGGGACCAGAAAAUAGCAUGUUGCAAAACAAGUUAAGAUGCACAACUUGGUUGUCUUUGCUUAACUCACUGGGCUAUUGGUUGUUAGCAGCAGUAUCAAGAGACCAGGAUUAGGGCCUGGGUCUUGGGUUUUUAUGACCCCCCUUUCAAUGAUAAGGCAACAAGUGGGGUACAAGGCUGGAGUUGCUCAGGGAAGGAGAUCUGUGACCCUGAAUGGGUCGGAGUUGCCUCAUUAGUGAUAAGUGUUGGCAGUGUAGUCCCUUUCCCCAGUGUGCAGAUGUAACAUUAUUUGUUUUCCACUAAUUUAAAAUAUAAAAUGCAAGUAUCUAUUAAGUUGUUUAAAAUGGGAAACAUGGCACAUCUCACAAAGAGGGCAUUUCCAGAACAGCAGGGUUAAUGGGUCACUCUGAGUGUACCCAGCAGCCUGCGUUUAGGAGCAAAUUCAUUGUUCUCAUAUUAAGGCUAUGCAUGCCUACAGAAACCAGGCCAGGAAAAAGAAAUAAAUAAUCACAUUUCCUGAAAUGUUUAUCUUUUUCUUCCUUGACAUGAAUUUAAUUUUUAUUUCCCAGAGGCUUUACUAGAUCCUGACAUCAGAUUUUAAAAGAUACUGAGAUAUAUGCUUCUUUAAAUGAUAACUAUAAGUUCCAGCAACGUUAUUUGCUUGUCAGGAUCCUUUUAAGGUGAAGAGCUUUGGAAAAUUUUAUGCGCUGACUAGAUACCUGGGUGAUCAUCAAUCCAAAGUUUAAGGUUCUCCCCUCACUAGCAUUUAUCUGAACUACCACAAAACAACAACGCAGGUUACUAGGAAGGCACCUAUUUCAGCCCUCCCCAAGAUUGUAUUCUACAAACCCAAAGAUCGGCUGUCAGGUACAACUGGCUAGACGGAGCCAAACUGAAAAGAAUAUUGCUUUAUCUGUGGAAACCUUGCCACAGAUGUUUAACCUGUAGUCCAUGGCUGUGUUUGACAUUUAAAAUAUUUAUUUAGUUUCUUCCUUUAAAUAAUAAAUGCCAGAUGUUUCAUCAGAUCAAUACGUAAAACGAUAACAAAAAAUACGUCAGAAAACAGGUCAAAGUCAUGAAACAUUUGAAUUGUCUUUCCUAUAGACUGAAUAUGCUACCACCGCACUUAGAAUCUGUGGAGGAAAUUUUAAUGGAAAAAUAAGGACCUUCUGCGCUUAUUCCCACAGAUGUUGAUGGGAAUGAUGAUAAUGAUUAUAAAUUAUAUUGUGCAAUUACUGUCAUGCCUUGUUCUAACGCUUAAUGUGGAUUAUCUCUUUUAAUCCUUAGUAACUCUAUAACAAAGAUACUAUCAUUAUCCCCUUCUCAUAUAUGCUUAACAGUUUUAGCUUUGUAGUUUCUUUAGUUUUUUUCCUCUUUCAAAGCCAUAAACAGGCAAUUGUUAAAAGAGGAAAUUACUUCUCUACAUAAAGCUUUUUUUUGAGAACAAGAGCUUUUAAAAAUUAAUAAACACAAGUAUAAUUUAUUUAUAAAAUGUGUUUGUGGAAACAAUACUGAAAUGCUAUUAAAACAUGUAUCAUCAUAGUUGCUGAUUUUGUCAUGCCCAAAUCUCGUUGCUAGACAGAAUUUCAACUAUUCCAUUGCUGUCAGGCAUUGUUUUUGUUUUUCUAAGCAGGAAACUAAAAUUCCACAUUGAAAGAAAAAAAACUAACUCUCUCAAGUGUGAUAUACAUUAGGACAAAUGGCAACAGGCAGGAAGGGCAGAUUGUAUUGGAGAGUGGCCAGAAGAGAAUGAGGCUCGAACACUAUCGACAGGUAAAAACACAUCCUCAACGGGGCUAAGUGAAAUCUCGUUUUCUUUCUUUGUUCUGACUGAAUGCUAAGUGAGUUACUUUUCGGGCAUCAAUGGAGUCAUUAUGCAGUUAUGUGCCUUAAGAAUAUGGGCUUAUGUGGUUAGCCUGUUGGUUUAAAGCAGUGAAGUAGAAAGACUGGAGUCACUAUAGGUUUGGUUUGUCAAAGGCACAAAUAAUGUAGUUACAUGCAUAAGGUACUCAAGGAACCAGUUCAAGUUCUGGGGCACAAUCUAGAUGAAACUGUGAGGUUUGUUCAGAAAGUAAGUGUACAAAAUUUCAUCAUGAACUGGCUUUAUUACAAGGCAACUCUUUACCAUGGUAUAUUGAAACCACAAUGUAUACUACUUUCCUCCAGAUUCUGAUUCUAAUGGGCACAUUUGUUUGUUGAAAUGAUAAAUGUAUUUUCCCCGUCAAACAUGGUGGGCUCCUGGUUGAUAUUUCCUGUUUCCUGCCUUGAAAAACAUCCUCGUUGGUGCCUUUCUCCCACUUUGGCACAUCACUCCCAGCUGAAAAUAGUCUAGAUAUAAACUUUAACAAGUUGGAGAUCUAUUUCUACGGCACAACUCUUUCAUGUUUAAAAGCAGUUAUACCAUAUCAGGUGAUUGCCACAUGUUGGGGAAAGCAGCCAUCUUAGAGCAAAAGUCUGCCAACCCACAGUCCCUGUUGAUCCACAUGUGGGCAUUGUCUAAUGUUAACAAAAUCAGCCCUUGUAGACUCACUUUCUCUGAACGAUCUAGUACACUUCUCUAGUUUCUCCCAACCUGGAGAAAAUGUGUAGCAAAAGCCAGAGGCAAAAGUAUUCUCCUUAGCAGUUCUAAGUAUUUCAUGAAAAAGCCUUCCCCCAGUUCAAACGCAGAGGCUAAGGUGAUGACUAACGUAUUAAGGAAAACUUUGGCUCAGAUCCGUGAAAUUAUUUUGGAAACUUAACGUCCAAGCUAAUUAUUUUUUUUAUAUCAAGGGGAAGACAUCCAGUUCUGUAGGAUGCUAAUAGAAGUGUGAUAUUUAGAUGCUAUUAGGACAUUGUAUAAAUUUCUUUAAUGUGGUUGUUUUAAGUUUAGGACUUAAAGUGUUCCCUACUGGAAUAGAAAUAUGUCUCUCUCCAACUUUCCACCAAAUAAAAUGGUUAGAGUGAAUGCCCGGUUUCACAUCUGCCUUUUGGAGGUUGGAAAGCUUAAACAAGUCAGUUAAGAGAAUGAGAAGAAUCUCACUGUGGGUGAUAAGGAGUGUGUAGUUUGCUGUAAGGGCCACUGAUAGGACAAGAAUGAUUACCCCACAGUAAGAAUGGGUAAAACUUAAUAAAGUUUUCUAACUUUAUUAAACUCACAUUAUUUAAUUAAAAAAAACUGCAAAGGACCAAUGAGAUCAUGCAUGCUGCUGUAGUCUUGUGAUAGAAUCUACCAGGAUUAAGUUGUAUUUAAAUGAAAAAACAGGUACACAUUUAGAGAUCAUUGACAAAGAAAUGUAAAUAUAUUUGAUUAAUAAAACAUUUUUAUGAUGACUCGA